AUGGAAAACAUUCGGGUUUCGCUUAAGUUUGAAGCUUGUUUAACUGUCAAAAUCGAAGGUAGAAGUGGCAGUCUUGCGGUGCUUUGGAGAAAUUCAGCAGUGUGUAGUGUGUUAAAUUUCACCCGUUGUCAAUUUACAUGGGUCAAGAGUAGAGGUUCUGAGCAUAUGAUUGAAGAAAGACUAGACCAAGCUUUCACAGCUCCGCAGUGGUUGAACUUAUUUCCUACUGUAUCUUUUACAAACCUUAUUGCUUGUCAUUUGGAUCAUAGUCCCAUUCUGCUUUCCUGUAAAACAUUGCAGACCUUACGUCGGGAUGUUAAGUUUCGGUUCAAAAAUAGUUGGCUGCAGGAGAAUGAUAUUGAGAGUCUUGAGGUUUGGAGUAGGCGGAAGCGUAACAGCAGGAAGGGAGAUCUUGGGAAAAACUUAGAAGUUAUGGAAAUGUUUCGAGAGGGGCGUGAUAAGUAUUCGUCGAAUAGAUUCUUUAAGGCUCAUACUGAAUAUAAUCAAGUUCUUAUUAGGGAAGAUGCCUACUGGAAGCAACGGGCUAAAAUGCAUUGGUUACGGGAUGGAGAUAUGAACACGAAGUUUUUCCACCAAUCCGCGACGGCUAGGAAUAAAUUUAAGAAGAUUUAG